CAACGAACCAAGCUAGACGAUAAGUUGCUAUCCUGCUUGUUAACAAGCUAUUGUGAGGAACGCCAGUAAGAACUAGGAUACCUCAACAACAAAUAUAAGAUAUGGCUGCAAUCCGCAAGAAGUUGGUAAUUGUUGGAGAUGGAGCUUGUGGGAAGACGUGUCUUCUCAUCGUCUUCAGUAAGGACCAAUUCCCGGAGGUGUAUGUGCCUACUGUAUUUGAAAACUAUGUAGCAGACAUAGAAGUUGAUGGCAAACAGGUGGAACUGGCCUUGUGGGACACAGCAGGUCAGGAAGACUACGACAGGCUACGUCCCCUCUCUUACCCCGACACUGAUGUCAUCCUCAUGUGCUUCUCUAUUGACAGCCCUGACAGUCUUGAGAACAUUCCAGAAAAGUGGACACCAGAGGUGAAGCACUUCUGUCCCAAUGUUCCCAUAAUUUUAGUAGGAAAUAAGAAGGAUCUGCGAAACGAUGAGCACACUCGACGUGAACUUGCAAAGAUGAAGCAGGAACCUGUUAAACCAGAGGAGGGCAGAGACAUGGCAAACCGAAUUUGUGCAUUUGGAUACAUGGAGUGCAGUGCCAAGACAAAGGAUGGCGUGAGAGAGGUCUUUGAGAUGGCCACCAGGGCGGCGCUGCAGGCCAGGAGAGGGAAGAAAAGCAGUAAAUGCCUCUUGCUUUAAACCCCGAGAGGACUUUGCAUUUUACAGCAGGGAGGGGUUUUGACAGGAGUUUCCCCUCUGCCUGCCUGCAAUGACUGUGCUGACCCGUUAUUCUUAAAGAUGUACUGCUUUUUAUUUUAUGUCUUUUAAAUGAAACAACGUGCAACAAGUUACAUAAGUUUUCAACAGUAUUUAAAGAGGUAGAUCAGGAGAAUGCUGUUAAACUGUACUGAAAUGAAUGAUUGAACAUGCCAUAUUAAGGGUGGUUCCACCCAGUUUUUCCUCGUUUCAUCCACAUGCUCUUGUCCCGCAGGUAUUAAGAAAGUCAAGGCUCAUCGCAUUGUACAGCUUGCGUGUGCGUAGCUUCAGCUGAAUAAAAACUGCGUCCAUCUGUGAAAAUAAUUAAAUCAAUAGCUGUCAGUUAACUGAGUCAAACUAUUAUUAGUGAAUGUGUGCUCAUAUGCAUUGCAUCAGCAAUGUAUUUGAGUACUGGAAAGUACAUAAACAUGACUUGUAUCUAAAGCUGAUAUGUUGAAUUUUAUUUGGUUACAUGUAUCACAUUUAUAACAGUGCACUCACAUUUAAUGUAUGUGUUGUUUCCAUGUACGUUUUUUUUUUUUUUUUUUUCUUUCAAGCUCAGCUUCAUUGUUUCCCACCAAAGAUGCAGCCAGUAACUUUUUAAAAAUCAGGUAACUGCAUAGGCGGAGUGUGACUACCCUCCUCCUUUGAAGUUGUUUGACUGAGCACAUUUGUAAGAUAUUUAAGAACAGGUGGAACUUCCCUUAAACUCAUACCGAGCCAAUCACUCUGGGGGGGCAGCAAGUUUGACUCUCAAGUCUGGUCUGCCUAACAAGCACAUUGACCAUUUUGCUAGAGCUCCUCAUACAAAGAGUUUAUUGUAUACACUGUGACCAACUGGUCGUACAAUUAGUUUGUAUAAGAAAUAUGCAAUUGAUGCUUCAAAUUGUUCAGGACCAAUAUGCUAUACAGAAAGGGCAUAUUUUAUUUCAUGUAAUGCAUACACAUGGAUAAGACUUGAAACUCAGUUUUUAUUUUUGUCCU